AACGGCGAAUGCCCUUUCAUAUGCUUCACUAAUGGUGAUUUGUGUAUCGGGGAAAAUGCAAUUCGAACUUUCGAAAGAAAGACAAGCGAGAAAAAAGAAAGCUCGAACAUGGACUGAAGCGGCUAAGCUUGCUUUAGAACUUUAUCCCAAAACUCCCAUGGGUCACAAAGACAUUUUUAAUGUCAUUCGUGCCAAGGGCCUGAAAGAUGUCAGUGGCCCUGCAUCUUUAGCUUGUCUAAAUGCAAUGCUCCAUGUGCAUUCAAGAGGUCCUGAAGCUAUGUUCUACAGAGUUGAUGGAUGUACUAGUGUCUUUGGACUAGCUAGUAAUAUUCCUGAUGGUGGAGUAAAAAUGGAGAUUGACGAGGAUGACAGUGGUCAAGAAUAUGACCCUGGAGAUUCAGAUCAAGAUUCUGGAACAUCUGUUUCACCUUGCGGAAGGAAAAAAGAUAGAGUUCUAUACGUUCGACUACCUCCAGGAUACAAGAAUACUCCCCUUUCCCUGAACAAUAGCAGUAAUGUAUGUAACUAUCAGACUGAAGAUUCGUUGCUCCACAAGAAUGAACAAUUAACUGUCAAACCUCUGGCAUAUAAAAAUGAGUAUUACACACGAGUUCGGAGGAUGAACGGAGAAAAUCUUCCGGAUGAGUCUAAGAAAGAGAAAUGUAACCUGGCAUCUGCUGCAAACCUACCUGUAUCUUCACCAUCUAAAGUGUCGCAAAGUCAUAGCCAAAGAGCUAUUAAGCAUGCCCUAAGACAGCAGCAGAAAAGGAGGCGACGGAAUACUGCUAUUGCUGCCAGUGGAAGUGCUCCUCCACCCAUACCUCGAAUAAUCAUGAAGUCUUUGCCUCCAGCCCCAGCAGGAGCAGGAUGCGUACCCGAAGAAAGAUGGAGAUGUUCGUUUGAAAAAACAUCCUUAAGGGAGAGCACGAGGCACAAGCCUCAAACCAUGAGAGAAUUGCUAGCAUCUAUACCUGGGCUCAGUUUUAAGCCUAGAAAACGAUCAAAUAGGAAAUUAAGCACAGCUGCUCAAAUUGCUCAAACCAAGAAAGGUUGCAUCAACAUAGAAACUCCAGAUUCCAUUCUUGUCAAUACUAACUUAAGGGCUUUGCUUAAUAAGCAUACUUUUGCAUCAUUACCUCCCGUAUACCAGUAUCGUUUAGUUCAACUGCUACCUCAAGCUGAUAGAAUAAUUGGUCCCGAUUACUCGGUUAGGCUAUCUGCAACUGCUUUGAAUAAUGAAUUUUUUGCGAGGGCUUGUCAGGAGUGGAAAAAGAGAUUACAGGACGGGGAGUUCACCCCUGAAAACCAAAUGAAGCUCAAAGGGGAAGCCGAAAGGGAUCACGGAAAACUCGAUCCUUGGAAGAUUGAUAAUUUUGAACCUGUCUGGGGUCAUACUUCUCUCUCUGACAUAGCAGACCAAUCGAAAUCCACGCCCUUUUCUUUAAAUUCUCAACUGAAACCUUCUCUCAACAACCAAAAUAAGCAUGUGCCAACUAUAAAAAUCAAGCCAGUGGUUAGGAAGAGUAGACUAAGUUCAACAAUUUCGAAACACCGUAAUUCACCUCACCAUGAUUCACCUUCCCAUUCGGAUGAAAAUCAUUUGUCUGUGGAUUCACCUUUGUACAACGAAACUUCAGACAUGGAUACCUCGAUGCCCGGAGACAUCCACGAUGAUCUUUUCGGUCCACCCAAUAAGAAACUGAAAGGCCCAGAGCCCUGUGCAUCAGUGUCCUCUGUAGUUCCAAUUUCACUUUCCAUUACAGUGGUUCAAACAACAGCUCCCAGUCAAAGUAUCGUACCUCCAAUAACGAUACGCUCCGUUUCUGUAAUUCGCUCCAACAGUGGUAAAAAGAACUCUGGCAGGAAUGAUGGAGUGAAUUUAGAACGUUCAUAUCAGAUAUGCAAAGCAGCUCUAGAGUCCACCGAGAAAGAGGAUGUAACUUGCGAAAAAGUGUCGCCAGAACCCACAGUACUGCAAGCAGACGAUCAUCCGUCACCCAUGGUAACCUCACCCGUUGCUUCUUUAGAAAGUUCUGUUUCAGAUGCUCAGAUGGAGGAAGAAUCCUGUGAAAACCAGGUACCAGAACUUUCCAGUCCAGUUACCGAAGCAGAUACGCCCGAAUCUCCUUCGAGCCAGUUUCUUUUAACCACCUGUGUGCCGUCUGCUUCCCCUACCUCUACACUUGCUCCAGACUCUCCCCCCAUUAACACACUAGAAACCCCUAACCCAUGCUUGCAAAAUGACGUCGAAGUACCCGAAGUUCUGUCUGAUGACACCGUAAAAGAUGGCAGCCCUGCCCCCGAGGCAGAUUUAGACUCCGGCAAUGCCGAUCAAUUGCCCGAAUCCAUGGACGUAAAAGAAGCGGAAACUCUUUCGAAUAUGUCAUCCACUGAUCAGCUCGUAUCCGUUUCACCCACUCCGUCGCCUUUGUUGUCUGCAGAAACGGAAGAUCCUGUGUCAUGCCGGGAAUCGACCAAAAGUCCGGAAUCGAAUUCUUUGACCAUGGCUGAAACCGUGUCUGAAACUGACUGUUUACCGGUUAAGGAGGAUACCACUCCAGAAGAGAACUGCGUCGAAACUGCUGAUUUGGCUGAUAAUCCGGUGAUGGCUGAGCCGGCGGAAUCGUGCGAUUCUAAAAAGGAUGCAGCGGAAAAUAACGCCAGUGCAGACAACUUUGUUUUACAAAAUGAUUUGAGUUUGGCUUCUGAAUGUCUUGAUUCCGAUUCGUCGAGCAUGCAGCAGCAACCAUUUAAUGCUUUUGAAUCAUCUAGCAAUGAGCAGCAAUUUAAUAACUCUCAAGUUGUUGAUGAAGAUAGCACAAUCAUUUUGAGUUUGCCUCCCAGUGAAGAAGAAGCUGCGAACCCCGAUACAUCAGUCGUAUUAGCAGAAGAAAGCCUGCCCGAAAAAGAGUUAAAAAUUGAUGACACAGACGACGAUAACAAGCUUUCCGUUGCAGAAGAUUCAAAUAUUUCCGGUGACAGCUCCGAGUUUUCCGCAGCAGAGGCCAAAGAAAUGGUUUGUGAAGACGUAGGCAACUCAAAAGAGAGCCUAGAAGAGGAUAACCAAUCCAAGAAUGACCUAUCGCAACCUAUCUCCGACACACAGUCUUUGUCUCCGAAGUGUUCUAACGAUGAAACUUUUUCUGAGACGGAUGCAACUGACAAACCGGCUGAGCUCCCUCGACCCUUGAGCGCUCCUUCGAACCUUCCUCCUGUACAUACAAAUCCGAUAGCCGAAGUAAGUUCCCUGAAGAGGCCGGCAAGUGUUCAGUCUUACUACAGAAGAGCAAAAGUCACCCCCAUCGUUUACAUUGAUUCUCCGGAAAGUGACGAUACCAGGUCGGAAAGUGAUAAGAUAGAGUGUAUUCCCACCCCUUCACCUCAAAGCUCGGACAACGCGUCCGUUUCCUGCUCGUCCGAAAGCUUACCGAUGACCUCCCGAUCCCCCAACGACAAAGACAGCUCAUCCGAUAAGAGUUCACGUUCGGGAAAUCGCUCCGUAGCGAGCUCCGGCGACCGGACAUUGGAUUGCAAUAAAAACGUGUCGUCGCCGCUGCAAGUCUCCGCUUCUCCGAACAUCAUCGCGGUGAGUAGGUCUGCAUCGACUCCGUCUGCCUCAUCCCUGACGUGCAUACCUCUUGUGGCUCAUCGUCCGUCAUCCAAUCCCGAUUUCGAAUCCGGAGCGACUCCGCAGACGAGACUUCCGGAACAUCCGCAAGCCACCAAUCCCGUCUCUCUACCGGAAGGCUGCACGGGCGGAACUGGCGGCAGUCUACCUAGUCAGGCGGUUUCGGUGGUACCGGCGACGACUCAACUCCCCAUCGCUUCGGGCGGGAUCAUGUUCCCGUCUGCGAACGGACUCUCGAACAUUGUCGGCACCCCCGCGGGGGACACUCCCCCCCGGUCGCUGUUGCAGUCGAGCCCCGUGAUCAACGGCGCGUCUUCGGGAAUCGAGGGAGCGAUCACCCACUCAUUAGGUGAUAGUGGCGGUGGAAACGGCUCUUCAGGUAAUAAUGGAAAUAACUGUGCUUGUAAUCUCAAAGCCAUGGUUAUGUGUCUUAAAUGCGGGGCGUUCUGCCACGACGACUGCAUCGGGCCGUCUCGACUCUGUGUCACGUGUCUGAUACGGUGA